GCCCCUGCAGCCGCGGCGCGGCCCGGCCCGGCCCGGCAUGAGGCUGAGCCGGGCGGCCGUGCUGGCACAGGCCAAGGCGGCCGCGCUCGACGGCGUCCGCCGCCUCAACUGCUGGGGCAGCCACCUGACAGAUAUAUCCAUAUGCCGGGAUUUGCCCAACAUCGAGGUGAUCACGUUCAGCGUGAACGGCAUCUCGGACCUCGAGCCGCUGCACCGGUGCCAGAACCUGAGCGAGCUGUACCUGAGGAAGAACAACAUCACGAGCCUGGAUGAGCUGUUCUACCUGAAGGCGCUGCCACGGCUGCGGGUGCUGUGGCUGGCAGAGAACCCCUGCUGCGGGCCUGACCCCCACCGCUACCGCAUGACCGUGCUGCGCAACCUGCCCAGCCUGCAGAAGCUCGACAACCAGGCUGUGACAGAGGAAGAGCUGUCGCAGGCCCUGGUGGAUGGCGUGGAGAUCACGGCCCCCCCAGCCCGGAGGAGUGUGGAGAACGGCUGGUCUGAAUCCUCCACAUCCAGCACUGCCGGAGCCACGACGGAGCCCCGGAGCGAGCUGCUCAGCUGCAGCCUGGAGGAGACAAACAAAACUCAGGAGGAGCUUGAUAUGAAGCCUGUUCCCAGGGAUAAAUAUUCCUCCUUUUCCCCUCAAGAGACAGAUUGCAGCCACAAGAAGAGAAACAAUGUCCUGAAUGCCAUCCUGCUUCUCAUGAAGGAACUGGACGCAGAGGGGCUGGAGAUCAUCCAGCAGACCGUGGCGAGGAGGCUCCAGGCCUUCCAGAAGGAGUUGCAGGAGGAGUGACAACGCCCACCCCCAUUCCAGCCUCCCUGGAGCCCCAGCCCCCAGCGCUGUCCUGCCCACACAUCCCUGGCUGCAGCCAAAGCCUCGGUGCUCCCUGCUCUGCUUCCCGUGCAAGGGGCUGGGCUGGGAUGCUCCUUCUCUGGAGAUCUCCUGCUUGUGCAGCAGGCUCUGUCACUGUACCCUGUGUGGCUGGGGCUCUUGGAUGGGAGCUGCAGGCAGAUCAGCAGAGCAGAAGGGAACAAGGCUGCAGCCAGAGGUGCUGUGUGAUCCGAGGGGGAGCAGAGCCUGCUGAUGGCUGGGAAGGUAGGUCUCUGACCCUCAGCACAGCACCUCUGAGGGCACUCUGUACCACAGAGAUUUGGUGAAGUCUGACAGGGAGGCAUUUCCUGAGAUCGUCACCAAGAACUGUCUGGUGCAGGUGGUGAAGGUCAAUGGCCAGUUAUUAAUUUAUCUUCCAGCUCCUGGCUGACUUCUCAGGUCCUUGCUGGUGCACACAGCACCUGCUGUGGUGGUCAGGCAGCCCAAGGAAAGCUCAGAGCAGCCCAAAGGAAAGCUCGGAGCAGCCUAGGUGAACCAGAAAUGACUCCCAGGUGCUGAAUGCUCAGCUGUCCUCUCACCCACACGUUCCCUGCAGGCAUUAGAGCAGCUUAAGGAAACAUCCCAGUUAAAAUGCCCUGAGCGUUGCUGCCUGCUUUGCACAGGCAUCAGGGGUGGCUGUUGCUCUUUAACUGAUAAAACUGCAUUUACCAAGUUUUACAGAGCUGUUAAAUCCAAACUAAACUGUUGUGACAUACCAAAUAAACCCAAUUAUCCCUCAA